AAAACGAAACAUCUCAUCAUUCAAAGCAUUCAUUUCUCGAUUGCCCACCCGUAUCAGCUCUCUACGGUUACUGUACGUGCUUGAAUCGGGUCUUCUUGCACGCCAACUUCGCACUGACUCGCCGCGAUUAGACUCGUCAAUCAUCCCCAAAUUCAGAAAAGAUGGUGCACAACAUUCGAACAAAGGACGAGUUCCACGAUGCUCUGAAGAAGUAUCCCAUUGUCGUCGUGGACUUUUACUCCACGCAUAGCGCCGAGUCAAAGCACAUUGCCGCCACAUUCGCCCACGCGUACGAGUUGGACAAGUUCAAGGACUUCCGAUUCGUCAAGGUCGACAUCGAUGACCUGAAGAGUCUCGCGGAGGAGGUCGGUGUUUCGCAACCUGCGACAUUCCACAUGUACAAGAAUGGGGAGAAGAUCAAUGAUCUACAGAGUGACCAGAAGGAGGACCUGAUUCAAUUCUUGGAGACUGGUCUGUAAUGGCUUGAUUGGAAAAAAGGAUGCUUGACGAAACGAUGCGGCUUCGAAGUGGUAGCGCAAGGCUCCGUCCAAUUCGAUGAUUAUACGCUGUCUAUUAUAAGCAUUUUACAGUUGUGCAUUCUUCUAGUGAGGAACUCGUUGGCGUGAAAUAAAAUUAGGGGCUCGGGUUGGUGUUCGUACAGAGUGCGUUGCCCCAAGCCUGUAGUGACCGUUGCUCUGAAAACGGGGUAACUCAACGCUACACAAAGUCAAACCCAACUCUAAAUCAUCUCCCGAACCUGCGGCACAGAUAUAUAUCUAUAUUAUUUCCAAGCAUAGCUAGAGAAGUAUUAAUAUCCAGGUCAAUGCCCCGGAGAGACAUUAGCAGAAUCAGCUGG